AUGGACCACCACGGGCCGCCGCUGCUGCCCAAUGGCCGCCGUCUGGCGGCCACGCUCCUCCUCCUCCUGGCUGCCUGCUUCUCCUCCGCCCGUGCCGUCACGAGCGGCGAGGCCGCCUACAUCGCCCACCGGCAGCUCCUCGCCAUGAACGAGUCGGGCGCCGGCGAUGAGGGCGAACUCCCCACGGACUUCGAGCCCGAGGACCGCCUGGGUGCCGACGCCAAGAGCUUGACAUUCGCCAACGACCGCCUCCGCCGCGCGUACAUCGCGCUCCAGGCCUGGCGCCGCGCCUUCUACUCCGACCCCAAGGGCUUCACCGCCAACUGGACCGGGACCGACGUGUGCUCCUACAACGGCGUCAUCUGCACCCAGGCCCUGGACGACCCUAAAGUCACCACCGUGGCCGGCAUCGACCUCAACGGCGCCGACAUCGCCGGGUACCUGCCCCCCGAGCUCGGCCUGCUCACGGACCUGGCCUUCUUCCACAUCAACACCAACCGCUUCUGCGGGAUCAUCCCCAAGAGCAUGUCGCUCACCAUCCUCCACGAGUUCGACGUGAGCAACAACCGCUUCGUGGGCAUCUUCCCCUACGUCUGCCUCGAGAUGGUCUCCCUCAAGUACCUCGACAUCCGCUUCAACGACUUCGAGGGCGACCUCCCGCCGGCGCUCUUCGACAAGGAGUACGACGCCAUCUUCGUCAACAGCAACCGCUUCGUCGGCCCAAUCCCGGAGACGCUCGGCAACUCCACCGCCUCCGUCGUCGUCUUCGCCAACAACAAGCUCGUGGGGUGCAUCCCCAAGAGCAUCGGCAAGAUGGUGCACACGCUCGACGAGAUCAUCUUCCUCAACAACACCCUCGACGGAUGCCUGCCGCUCGAGAUCGGCCUGCUCAAGAACACCACCGUCGUCGACGUCAGCGGCAACGGCCUCGUCGGGUCCCUGCCCAAGGAGAUCUCCGGAUGCUCCAAGCUCGAGCAGCUGGACGUGUCCAAGAACGUCUUCACCGGCGUCGUGCACGAGGCCAUCUGCGAGCUCCCCGCGCUCGUCAACUUCAGCUUCGCCCACAACUUCUUCAACUCCGAGUCCGGGCCGUGCAUGCCCUCCGAGAAGGCCGAGGUGAACCUCGACGACGCCGGGAACUGUCUCGGCUCGCUCCGGCCUGCGCAGAAGACCUCGCUCCAGUGCGCGCCCGUGCUCGCGCGCCCCGUCGACUGCAGCAACCACCCAUGCGCCGGCGGAGGCGGGAAGCCAGCGUCGCCGCCGUCCGAGACGCCCUUGACCCCGAUUGUUGGGCCGGAGCUGCCGCCGCCGCCACCGCAGCCCAAGGAGUCCGCACCAACGCCGGCUCCUGAGCCGGCACCGCUGUCCCCGAUUGUCGGACCGGACUUGCCCCCACCACCACCGGAAGGGUAUGCUAGCGCUCCACCACCUCCAACAUCCGGCCGGCUUCCGUUGUCCCCUGAGCGCCCGAAGGCACCACCGCCGAAGGAAGAACUACCACCCCCAGCACCGGCCAAGGUUUAUCCUCCACCGGCAGCGCCAAAGGCCGAAUCUCCACCGCCAGCUCCGGUCAGCUCUCCGCCACCCCCGGUGAAAUCUCCUCCACCGCCUGCGCCAGUGAGCUCUCCACCUCCUCCGGUGAAGUCUCCACCACCACCCGCACCGGUCAGCUCUCCGCCACCACCGGUGAAGUCCCCGCCACCGCCCGCACCGGUCAGCUCCCCACCUCCUCCGGUCAAGUCCCCGCCACCACCUGCACCAAUCAGCUCUCCACCUCCUCCGGUUAAGUCUCCACCACCACCCGCACCAGUGAGCUCUCCACCUCCUCCGGUGAAAUCUCCUCCACCUCCAGCACCGGUGAGCUCUCCACCUCCCCCCGUGAACUCGCCGCCUCCUCCGGUCAAGUCUCCACCACCACCAGCGCCGGUUAGCUCACCACCACCUCCAGUCAAGUCUCCUCCACCUCCAGCACCAGUCAGCUCUCCACCACCGGCGCCAGUGUUAUUGCCUCCUCCACCACAGGCACCUCCGGCAAAGACCCUACCACCACCGGCGAAAGAGGAGCCAAAGGCACCUCCGGCAAAGACCCUACCACCACCGGCGAAAGAGGAGCCACAGGCACCUCCAGCAGAAUCAGUUCCAACCCCAGCCUUCGACAAUUUCAUCAUGCCGCCAUGGGUGUCGGCCAAGUACGCAUCACCCCCACCUCCUCAGUUCCAGGGGUAUUAA